CCUUCUCAAGAUUUGCUAAGGACAAAUUCCAGGCGAUUUGAACACCUUUGAACUGAAGAAAUUCCAGGCUUCUUCUACAAGUGGUAGCUAGGCCUUGUGGAAGGUCUCCGCCCUGGGAAGAAGCCCCUCCUCGUACAGGGGGACGCAGUCUACAACAAAAGUCCUGACAAUACUGCUGAAGGAAAUAAAGCUCCCUGAGCCUCUUGCACACUCUGUGAAAAUACUGGUAACAGCUUUGUCCCAGAAAGCCCGAGAUGAUCUCCCUUACAGCAGAAAAUGUUACAGCCCUUCCCAGUGUUGUGACCACUUGGAAGUUGGGACCCAGCCAGUCUGAUUUAUACAACACUUCAGAAAACAACAACAGCUCCACCUGCAUUACUACAGGAGUAUGGAACUGGGUUUUCACUUUUCAGCCCAUUUUCCUCUGGAUCAUUUUUACAUUGGGAAUGAUGGAAAAUGGCUUUGUCCUCAGUGUUUUUUGUUUCCACAAAAGUCGCUGCACAGUGGCUGAAAUUUACUUGGCAAACCUGGCAGCUGCUGACCUGGUGUUGUCAGGUAGCUUACCUUUUUGGGCCAUUAAUAUCACGAAUAAGUUUGACUGGCCUUUUGGCACUUUCUUAUGUAAAGUUGUCAAUGCAAUCAGCUGCACAAACUUUUAUGCUAGUAUUUAUUUUUUGACAAUGGUAAGUAUUGAUCGCUACCUGGCCCUAGUGAAAACUAUGUCCUUUGGACUCAUGCGGCGGAGUUCCUGUGCCAAGUGGAAUAGUUUUUUGAUCUGGCUAUCUGCCUUGCUCAUGUGUUCACCCACACUGGUGUUCAGAAAAGUAAGUUAUUUCAAAGAUCACAACAUCACAGCCUGCUAUCUUGACUAUCCAUCCGCAUACUGGUCAGUUGCAACAAACUGUUUGCUGAACAUUGUGGGCUUUUUGAUCCCACUCAUAGCGAUUACUUUUUGUACUGUUCAAAUCAUCAAAGCCUUACGAAAAAAUGAACUACAAAAACUCAAGGAAAUCCAGACAGAGAGGAGAGCCACCAUCUUGGUCCUUCUUGUUCUUUUAUUGUUUAUCACUUGCUGGCUUCCUUUCCAGAUCAGCACGAUAGUUGACACACUGUUUCGAUUAAAGGCCAUUACUGGUUGCCUUUUUGAAGAGGUCAAUGAUGUUAUGUCCCAGAUAUCUACAUACAUUGCUUUUAGCAACAGUUGCCUUAACCCAUUACUGUAUGUCAUUGUAGGCAAGCAUUUCAGGAAGAAGUCCAGAGAAUUGUACAAAGGCUUAUUCAUUAGGAAAUGCAACAGAUCAGAGUCCAUGCAGAUGGAAAGUUCCUUGGAUACUUUAAGAACUUCGAUUUCAGUAGAAAGCUCAAGAAAGAAGUAUGCUGUGUCCAUAGCACAAUAGCACAGUUUGCUUAUUUCAAUGUCACUAGAAAAUCUCAUAAAACAGUGUUUAAGUUGCUAUUCAUAUCCACCUUUUAUGGCACCCCAUUGUGAACAUUGUGGCAUCUGUGCUGAUUCCUGAAAGUUUGGACAUAUGAUCUCAAUUCUAAAUUCCAGGUAGGCAUCUGCUUCUACUCUUGAUGGACAUUUCUCACAAAUAAAUUACAUUUCCUGGCAUAUUUAUAUUUCCAUGGCUGAACUAUAUUUGAUACACUGUCAUCUGAAAUUUCUAUAUUAACUAAUGAAGAUAAGUGACUUCAGUUUACAGUUUCUAUAUGCAGUCAUAAUAGCUACUAUCAGUAUUAAAUAGUUAACCAUGCUCUCUGUACAUUUGAAACAACGCAUUUUGAACAGACAGAACAUUUCCAGAUGAGUUGAUGAAGAAUGCAAGAUCCUGUAGAACCCUCAUUUAAAUCAAUUUUUAAGAGCCUAAUUCCCAGGCUUUCUUCCAGUUUUGAUCAAUAAUCAAAAAUUGUGCUUUUUAUAAUUCAGCGUGUUUUUUCUUUUUUGUAAUUUCUCUGACACUACUGCAGUGGAGUGUCAUGUAAAUCCAUAUCUAUAGAUUAUGGUUCAUUAAAGAGUAUAUACCGCAAGAAAAAUAAAGAUAAUUCAGACUUCCCAAAGAGCAGGACUUUUCUACACCUUUCCAACAUGCGGCAUUCACUGGAGUUAUACAUGAGUAACUGAGAGCACCAUGUGUUUGAAUGGGCAAUUUAGAAUGUAAACUCAUCAGAUGUAAAGACUUGGCUCAUACAUUUGCCUGUGAAGUAGGUAGCCAUGUUAGUCUGAAGUCAGGCAUAAGGUUAACCUCUAAAGGUUCCUACAGACAUGCAGGGAGCCUGUUCUGAUGUGGUGGAAAUGCAAUGUGUCAGAG